AUGAUAGCACUGUUUCAUGAUCGAUUUACUCUUCUAGCUCCAGCUCGAUCUCGGGCUGAAGCUAUGGCGCAGAGUAAUUGGGAAGCUGAUAAGAUGCUUGACGUUUACAUAUAUGAUUAUUUGGUGAAGAAGAAACUGCAUAAUACUGCGAAGUCGUUUAUGACAGAAGGGAAAGUCUCGCCGGAUCCAGUUGCGAUUGAUGCUCCUGGAGGGUUUCUGUUUGAGUGGUGGUCUGUGUUCUGGGACAUAUUCAUUGCAAGGACAAAUGAGAAACAUUCAGAGGCUGCUGCAGCUUAUAUAGAGGUGGCUGGCUUCAUACCAUUUAAAGAUAAAAUUUUAAGUUUCGCACAACAAGGUAAAGCGAAGGAGCAGCAACUUCAUAUGCAGCAAUUGCAGCUGAUGCGCCAAGCUCAACUGCAGCGUAGGGACCCGAACCAUCCUUCUCUGGGGGGUCCGAUGAAUGCUAUUGGUUCUGAAGCGAUGCUUGGGCAGUCAAAUGCCAGUGCUUUGGCUGCAAAAAUGUACGAGGAACGUAUGAAGCAACCAAACCCAAUGAACACUGAGACAUCCCAACCACAUAUGGAUACAAGGAUGGCCAUUCUCAAAUCAGGGGCAAACCAUCAUGGGCAUAACUCCUGUCCUCACACCGUUGACACCUUCUCGUCCUGUCAUUUCUGUCCUAAAACAGUCAGAUGGUGCAAGGAAACCACCAAGGAGGAAAUCAAAAGUGAAGUUAAUAUGGGUGCAUCUCCAAGACAAUUGCCAGUGGAUCCUUCUACAGUUUAUGGCCAGGGAAUUCUGCAAUCAAAGCCUGGGAUGGGUACUGCAGGACUAAACCCUGGAGUAGGUACUAUUCCUUUAAAAGGAUGGCCAUUAACUGGCAUUGAUACAAUCCGGCCAGGUUUAGGCCCUCAAGUUCAGAAAGCUUUCCUUCAAACUCAAAGUCAAUUUCAGCUCUCGCCACAGCAGCAACAACAACAACAGAUCUUGGCUCAGGUUCAAGGGCAAGGAAAUAUGACUAAUUCACCCAUGUAUGGCGACAUGGACCCUCGGAGAUUUACAGGGUUACCUAGAGGAAACCUGAAUUCGAAAGAUGGCCAACAAAAUGCAAAUGAUGGAUCUAUUGGGUCUCCAAUGCAGUCAAGUUCGUCAAAACAUAUCAACAUGCCGCCAGUACAGCAAUCUUCUUCUCAGCAACAAGAUCCUUUACUAUCACAGCAAUCGCAGCAGAACAACCGCAAACGAAAAGGACCUUCAUCUUCUGGUCCAGCUAAUAGUACAGGGACGGGAAACACUGUCGGCCCAUCCAAUUCACAGCCGUCGACUCCGUCAACUCAUACCCCUGUCGAUGGAGUUGCUAUAACUGGUAACAUGCAGCAUGUGAAUAGCAUGCCAAAAGGCCCUAUGAUGUAUGGUUCUGAUGGAAUAGGCGGUCUUGCUUCAUCAGCAAAUCAACUGGAUGACAUGGAACCGUUUGGAGAUGUGGGAGCCCUUGAAGAUAAUGUAGAAUCGUUUUUGUCCCAAGAUGAUGGAGAUGGAGGAAGCUUGUUUAGCACCCUAAAGCGGAACCCUUCUGAGCAUGCCGAAACCUCAAAGGGUUUUAGUUUCAAUGAGGUUAGUUCUAUAAGAAGAAGUACCAGUAAGGUCAUCUGCUGUAAUUUCUCAUCUGAUGGGAAGUUAUUGGCUAGCGCUGGACAUGAUAAGAAGGUAUUUAUUUGGAACAUGGAAACACUACAAACUGAGAGCACUCCCGAGGAACAUGGUCAUAUCAUCACGGAUGUUCGCUUCAGACCUAAUUCAACUCAACUGGCUACGUCAUCCUUCGACAAAACUAUCAAAAUCUGGGAUGCUUCUGAUCCUGGUUACUACCUACGAACGAUUUCUGGUCAUACUGCUCCUGUAAUGUCCCUUGAUUUUCACCCUAAGAAAACAGAGCUUUUCUGCUCCUGUGAUGGCAACAAUGAUAUUCGUUUCUGGAACAUCAACGCUACUAAUUUCGGGGCUAGCACGCAAGUACGGUUCCAGCCAAGAAUUGGACAAUUGCUGGCUGCAGCUUCGGAAAAUAUUGUGUCAAUUUUUGAUGUUGAACUUGAGAGACGGGUCCACAUGUUAAAGGGACAUUCCUCGAGUGUACAUUCUGUUUGUUGGAACCCAACCGGAGAGUUGGUAGCUUCUGUUAGCGAAGACUCUGUUAAAUUAUGGUCUCUGAGCUCAGGAGAUUGCAUCCACGAGCUCAGUUCUAGUGGCAACAAGUUCCACUCUUGCGUUUUUCACCCUAGCUAUCCCAAUCUCUUGGUCAUCGGUGGCUACCAGUCACUGGAGCUGUGGAACACACUAGAGAACAAAUGUAUGACAAUACCGGCUCACGAGUGUGUGAUCUCUGCCUUAGCUCAGUCGCCUUCGACGGGAAUGAUAGCGUCUGCAAGUCAUGACAAAUCGGUAAAGAUUUGGAAGUAG